AAAUGAGAAAUAAAAAUGCCUGGACAAAAUCCUGGGGACUUGCCCAUUCAAGUCGGUAACAAAACUGAGUGUGCUCUAUUGGGAUUCGUGCAAGGUUUAGGAGUGAAAUAUCAGUCUAUUCGGGACGAAAUUACUGAGGACAAAUUCACCCGUGUAUAUACUUUUAAUUCGGUGCGUAAAAGUAUGGGUACUGUCAUACCUCGUCCAAAUGGUGGUUAUCGCCUGUUUUCAAAAGGAGCUUCAGAAAUUAUGCUAAAAAAAUGUUCUUUCAUUUAUGGGCAUGACGGCGUUCUGGAGAAAUUCACUCGUGAUAUGCAAGAAAGGCUGAUACGUGAAGUUAUUGAGCCAAUGGCUUGCGAUGGUUUGCGUACCAUAUCUGUCGCUUAUCGAGAUUUCGUACCUGGAAAAGCGGCUAUUAACGAAGUUCAUAUUGAUGGCGAACCGAAUUGGGAUGAUGAAGAAAAUAUUAUGACGAACUUAACGUGUUUAUGUGUGGUAGGUAUUGAAGAUCCCGUCCGUCCGGAAGUUCCUGAUGCUAUACGUAAAUGUCAACGUGCUGGUAUAACUGUUCGUAUGGUUACUGGAGAUAACAUUAACACUGCACGUUCAAUUGCCUCAAAAUGUGGUAUACUGCGUCCAAAUGAAGAUUUCCUUAUAUUGGAAGGCAAAGAAUUCAAUCGUCGUAUUAGGGACAGUAACGGAGAUGUCCAACAACACUUGCUUGAUAAAGUUUGGCCAAAGCUGCGUGUUUUGGCGCGGUCGUCGCCUACUGACAAAUACACGCUUGUUAAAGGUAUCAUUGAUAGUAAGGUAAGUGAAAACCGUGAAGUAGUCGCUGUAACUGGUGACGGCACCAACGAUGGUCCCGCGUUGAAAAAGGCAGACGUAGGCUUUGCGAUGGGCAUUGCUGGCACUGACGUGGCUAAGGAGGCUUCAGAUAUUAUAUUGACAGAUGAUAAUUUCAGCAGCAUUGUGAAAGCGGUGAUGUGGGGACGUAACGUGUAUGAUUCCAUUGCUAAAUUUUUGCAGUUUCAACUGACUGUCAAUGUUGUUGCUGUAAUUGUUGCAUUUAUUGGUGCAUGUGCUGUGCAGGACUCACCACUUAAAGCUGUACAAAUGUUGUGGGUAAAUCUCAUUAUGGACACUCUUGCGUCUUUGGCCUUGGCUACUGAACUUCCAACACCUGAUUUGUUAUUGCGCAAACCCUACGGCCGUACCAAACCACUGAUAUCACGCACAAUGAUGAAAAACAUAUUAGGACAAGCCCUGUAUCAGUUAUUUAUAAUUUUCGGCCUGCUCUUUGUGGGCGAUUGGAUACUUGAUAUUGAAUCAGGUCGUGGUCAAGAUCUUGGUGCCGGACCUACCCAACACUUUACUAUUAUAUUCAAUACAUUCGUUAUGAUGACUUUAUUUAAUGAGAUUAAUGCAAGAAAAAUACAUGGACAAAGAAACGUGAUAGAAGGUCUGCUAACAAAUCCUAUAUUUUACACUAUAUGGGUUUUUACAAUGAUCGCCCAGGUCGUAAUCAUACAAUAUGGUAAAAUGGCUUUCUCCACGAAGGCAUUAUCUCUUGACCAAUGGCUAUGGUGCAUAUUUUUUGGCAUCGGUACGUUAGUCUGGGGACAAUUAAUCACUUCAGUGCCUACCAGAAAAUUGCCUAAAAUAUUAUCGUAAGUAAAUAUUUUCGAUUCAGUAGAAAGAGACACGAGCCUUACAUAUAAAUGCACCUUUACCUACAUGUAUGGCUACACAUACGCUUAAACAAAAAUAACAGCUGUUAGAGAAAUGCAUAAUAAAAUUAAUCUCAUAUAUUAGAA